GCGGGGCGGGGAGGGGCGGCCGUCUCGGCCCUCCCUGGCGGGGCCCCGCGGCCUGGGCGCCCGAGCGGGCCGAGCCGCCACCGCGGCUGGAGCUGUCCCCUCGCCAGAGCCGGCGCGGCGCGAGCGGCGGGAGGGAGGCGCGCCCCGCCCCGCCAGCCCGUCCGAGCGGCGGACGCGGCCCCCGCCGAGCCAUGGAGCCGGAGCCAGUGGAGGACUGUGUGCAGAGCACGCUUGCUGCGCUCUACCCGCCCUUUGAGGCCACAGCGCCCACUCUGCUGGGCCAGGUGUUCCAGGUGGUAGAGAGGACCUAUCGGGAGGAUGCAUUGAGGUACACGCUGGAUUUUUUGGUGCCUGCCAAGCACCUGCUUGCCAAGGUCCAGCAGGAAGCCUGUGCCCAGUAUAGCGGUUUCCUCUUCUUCCACGAGGGCUGGCCGCUCUGCCUGCACGAGCAGGUGGUGGUGCAGCUCGCAGCCCUGCCCUGGCAGCUGCUCCGCCCAGGAGACUUCUACCUGCAAGUGGUGCCCUCGGCUGCCCAGGCACCCCGCCUGGCACUCAAGUGCCUGGCCCCAGGGGGUGGCCGUGUGCAGGAGCUGCCGGUGCCCCAUGAAGCCUGUUCUUAUCUGUUCACACCUGAGUGGCUGCAAGGCAUCAAUAAGGACCGGCCCACAGGUCGCCUCAGUACCUGCCUCCUGUCUGCACCUUCGGGCAUUCAGCGGCUGCCCUGGGCUGAGCUCAUCUGCCCCCGAUUCGUGCACAAAGGGGGCCUCAUGGUGGGACAUCGGCCAAGCACCUUGCCCCCGGAACUGCCCUCUGGACCCCCAGGGCUCCCCAGCCCUCCCCUGGCUGAGGAGGCCCUGGGCACACGGAGCCCUGGCGAUGGGCACAAUGCCCCUGCCGAAGGACCUGAGGGCGAGUAUGUGGAACUACUGGAGGUGACCCUGCCUGUGAGGGGGAGUCCCCCAGAUGCAGAGGGCUCCUCAGGCCUCUCCAGGACCCGAACGGUGCCCACCCGCAAGGGUGCUGGAGGGAAGGGCCGCCACCGGAGACACCGCGCCUUGGUGAACCAGAAGGGGCAGGGGCCUCGCGACCAGGAUGGGGCCCGCCCACCAGGCGAGGGCAGCAGCACUGGUGCCUCCCCAGGGUCUCCCCCAGGAGCUGAGGCGCUCCCCGAGGCUGCGGCCCCCGAGGUGGCCGAGCUCCCUGCAGAGGCACUAGGGGACACCUCGGAAUCCUGCCUUCUGAGGCCGGGCGAGAUUGGGGGAACAGCCCAGGGGGCUGAAGGACCUCCCGGCACUCCUCGACGGACAGGCAAAGGAAACAGGAGGAAGAAGCGAGCCCCAGGGAGAGGAGCUGCAGGGAGAGGAGGUGACAGUGCCCCCCUGAGCCCUGGGGACAAGGAAGAAACGGGUCCUCCCGAAGCCCCCGGCAGCCUGCUGAAGGAGGAGCCCGAGGACUCUGGGAAGCCAGAGACUGAGCCCAAGGAGGAGCUCGGACCCGCAGAUGACAAAGAACUUCAGGCCCCAGAACCCUGCGGGCCUGGUAGAGAGGGGACUCCGGAGAGCGAGCAAGAGGCCCCGAGCCCAGAGCAUGUGGCUGGAGCCACAGGGCCCGGAGAGCCCCUGUCCGACUCCCCAGCACCUCCCCUGGAGGCUGGGCAGGAAGUAAACGGGGACAGUGUCCCAGAAGAGGCCCCGCCAGCCUCCGUCUCCGAUGACCCUGAAGUCGCUUGGGACUUGAUGGCUUCCGGAUUCCUGCUGCUGACCGGUGGGGUGGACCAGAGUGGGCGAGCCCUGCUGACCAUCACCCCACCGAGCCCCCCUGAGGAGCCCCCGCCCUCCCCAGACAUGCUGAGUGCUGCGCUGCGUUACCUCCACUCACUGCUCAGGCCUGAUCUACAGAGACUGGGGCUGUCUGUCCUGCUGGACCUUCGCCAAGCCCCGCCACUGCCUCCAGCUCUCAUCCCUGUACUGAGUCAGCUCCAGGAUGUGGGGGACCCUCCCCUGAUUCAGCGACUGCUGCUUCUUUCUGUGGAUGAUCCCCCCAAGGAACUCCACGGACUUCAGGGUGCUGAGUUGCUGUCAGAGAAUGACCUGGAAAGAGUGAUCAAGCCAGAGGAGCUACCCUGGAACAUGGGAGGUCACCUGGAUCCAUCUCCCAGCCACUGGGUAGAGACACACCAGGAAGUGGCACGGUUGUGCCACCUGUGCCAUGGUGUGUUGAGUUCUGUACGGACAGCCAUUGAGGAGCUGGAGGGAGCUGCAGAGCCGAAGGGAGAGGACACGGCUGGAAUGCCUGAGCCACUGCAGAAGGUGCUGGAGGAUCCCCGGCUGACAGAGCUGCAGAGGGACGGUGGUGCCAUCCUGAUGAGGCUGCGCUCCACCCACAGCAGCAGGCUGGAGGGGCCAGGUCCAGCUACACUGUAUCAGGAGGUGGAUGAAGCCAUUCACCAGCUCGUGCGUCUCUCCAACCUGCAUGUGCAGCAGCAGGAACGGCAGCAGCGGGUGCGUCGACUCCAGCAGGUGCUGCACUGGCUUUCGGGCCCCGGGGAAGAGCAGCUGGCAAGCUUUGCCGCUCCAGGGGACUCCUUGUCUGCCCUGCAGGAGACGGAACUGCGCUUCCGGGCUUUCAGUGCUGAGGUGCAGGAGCGCCUGGCCCAGGCCCAGGAGGCCCUGGCGUUGGAGGAGAACGCCGCCGCCCAGAAGGUUCUGGAUGUCUUUGAACAGCGCCUGGAACAGGCCGAAAGCGGCCUUCAUCGGGCACUGAGGCUGCAGCGCUUCUUCCAGCAGGCACAUGAGUGGGUCGAUGAAGGUUCUGCGCGACUUGCCGGAGCGGGCCCAGGCCGGGAGGCCGUGCUGGCAGCCCUGGCCUUGCGCCGGGCCCCGGAGCCCAGCGCUGGCACCUUCCAAGAGAUGCGGGCCCUGGCCCUGGACCUGGGCAGCCCCGCGGCCCUGCGCGAGUGGGGGCGCUGCCGGGCCCGCUGCCAGGAGCUGGAGAGGAAGAUCCAGCAACAGCUGGGCGAGGAGGCAAGUCCCAGAGGCCACCGACGACGGCGAACGGACAGUGCCAGCAGCGGGGCCUCGCGGGGCCCUCACAGCCCCUCACCCAGCCUCAGCUCCCUGCUGCUCCCCGGCAGCCCCGGGCCGCGGGCAGCCCCCUCCCACUGCUCCCUGGCCCCCUGCGGGGAGGACUAUGAGGAGGACGUCACCGAGCUGGCCCCUGAGGUCGAGGGCCGGCCCCCGAGGACCGUGCUGAUCCGAGGCCUGGAGGUCACCAGCACAGAGGUGGUGGACAGGACCUGCUCACCCCGAGAGCACGUACUUCUGGGCCGGGCCGACGGGCCCUGGGGAGUGGGCACCCCCCGGAUGGAGCGCAAGCGAAGCAUCAGCGCCCAGCAGCGACUGGUAUCCGAGCUCAUUGCGUGUGAGCAGGAGUACGUGGCCACCUUGAGCGAGCCCGUGCCCGUCCCUGGGCCUGAGCUGACCCCAGAGCUGCGGGGCUCGUGGGCCGCCGCCCUAAGUGCCCGGGAGAAACUUCGCAGCUUCCAUCGGACACACUUCCUGAGGGAACUGCAGGGCUGCGCCAACCACCCGCUGCGCAUCGGCGCCUGCUUCCUGCGCCACGGGGACCAGUUCAGCCUUUACGCCCAGUACGUAAAGCACCGACACAAACUGGAAAAUGGCCUGGCUGCACUUGGACCCCCAACGAAGGGUAACCCGGAGGGCGGCCCUCACCUGCCCCGCGCCCUCCAGCAACCUCUGGAGCAGCUGGCUCGAUAUGGAAGGCUCCUGGAGGAGCUCCUUCGGGAAGUCGGACCAGAGCUGAGUUCUGAGCGCCAGGCCCUGGGAGCCGCCAUGCAGCUGCUCCGGGAACAGGAGACACGGGGCAGAGACCUGCUGGCCGUGGAGGCCGUGCGUGGGUGCGAGACAGAUCUGAAGGAGCAGGGCCAGCUUCUGCAUCGAGACCCCUUCACCGUCAUCUGUGGCAGAAAGAAGUGCCUGCGCCACGUCUUUCUCUUCGAGCACCUCCUGCUCUUCAGCAAGCUCAAGGGCCCUGAGGGGGGGUCGGAGACCUACGUUUACAAGCAGGCCUUCAAGACUGCUGACAUGGGGCUCACAGAAAACAUCGGGGACAGCGGGCUGUGCUUUGAACUGUGGUUUCGGCGCCGGCGUGCAAGAGAGGCGUACACUCUGCAGGCAGCCUCACCAGACAUCAAACUCAAGUGGACCAGCUCGAUCGCACAGCUGCUGUGGAGACAGGCAGCCCACAAUAAGGAGCUUCGAGUCCAGCAGAUGGUCUCCAUGGGCAUUGGGAAUAAGCCCUUCCUGGACAUCAAAGCUCUUGGAGAACGGACACUGAGUGCCCUGCUCACUGGAAGAGCCGCCCGCACCCGGGCCUCGGUGGCCGUGUCAUCCUUUGAGCAUACCGGCCCCUCCCUUCCCGGCCUCUCGCCGGGAGCCUGCUCCCUGCCUGCCCGCGUCGAGGAGGAGGCCUGGGAUCUGGACGUCAAGCAAAUUUCCCUGGCACCAGAAACACUUGACUCUUCUGGAGAUGGGUCCCCAGGACCAAGACACAGCCCCAGCCUGCAAAAUCCCCACCCCGGGAGCAGCACUCCCACCCUGACCAGUGGAGGGAUCUUAGGGCUGUCUCGCCAGUGCCAUGCCCGAGCCCUGAGUGACCCCACCACACCUCUGUGAGCGGGGUGAGUGAAAACCCCCUUUCUACCACAUUCAGCACACCCCUCCCUGCACCCCCCACGUGGCUGCCUUCCUCCUCCCAGCUGCUGGGAGGGAAGUCAUCGGCUCCCUUCUCCCAUCCCCCUCUUCUCUCCUGGCUUCUACUGAAGAUCCUGGACUUGGCUACAGCCCCAUCUCUCAGCACACUUGGGACGGAGACAGCAAAGGGACCCAGAGGAUUACAAGAGCAGCGGUUUCUGUCCCGAGGCCUCCUGGAGAGAGGGCUUUCGCAUUCCCUGGUGACCAUCUCUCGCUCUCCCCAGCCAGAGGCUUCUCCUGCAGGAACCAGUGGCCAUUCUCGCUUGCCUUCGGACCUGCCUUCAGUCCUUCCCCAUCCUGGCCCUGACCUGCUCCCAGAACAGGACUCCGUGUCAGCCCUGUCCUCCCACAGCUUGUGUUCUCCCCUUCUUCCCACCCCCAACUUUCCCUAAGAUUACUCAUCUCUGCCAGGCCAAUUGUAAUUCCUGGUGUCUCCAUUCUGCAAUGCCAACAGGAAAUAGAGCUAUGCAAAAUAUUCUAGGCGGGGUGGGGCAGAGAACUUCAGACUUUAUACAUGUAAUUACUGCUAUUGUUGUACUAUUGUUAUAUUAAAUGUAUUUACUCACACUUUGUCUCUGAAAAGCUAAAACAGUUCACCUAGUUUGAGCUGGAGCUACAAACUAGAGCAUUUCCACUCUCCCAACCAUUAAUUAGAAC